GUGCGACCGCGACAUUCGCCGUCGCGUUCGUACCGCUGGCACGUAAAAGUAACCUAUAAUCGUUUGUGAAUUACUAAUAAUACAAAUGUUGCUUGUAUUUUUACAAUAAUACAGUGUUAUUAGUAAUUUUGUGAAACAUACAUUUUGCUGAAGUGAUAUAACUGAAGGAUCCUAUUGGAUUUAAUUAUAAAGUGUUACAACACAGUGAAUUUGGCGAAAUCAAAAGUUUCUAAGGACAAAAUGUUCAUUUUGGUGGGCUGUCAUCGGGCAGCCCCCAAAUAUUGUGGAAAAAUGUGGUGGUAUAUCUUAUUUAGUGUUUUGUUUACAAAGACAUUUGGAGUGACUGGUUCUAAUAUAACUGCAGUUUCUUCUAGCAAGGUGUGCUCGCAAAAGCAGUUCCAAUGUGCGAAUGGGAAGUGCAUACCAAUAUCAUGGUUGUGUGAAGGAGACAACGAUUGCGGCGACAACUCCGAUGAAAAUAUUGAGGAAUGCAAAAAAGAAAGUCGCACGUGUACAUCGAACGAGUUCCGAUGCAAGACCGGCCGCUGCAUCCCACUGUCGUGGCGCUGCGACAACGAGAAGGACUGCUCCGACGGCUCUGAUGAAGAACCUGGAACAUGCAAAGUGGAGGCAUGCGGCCCGGAAGAGUUCACGUGCCGAGGGAAGCACGGAGAAUGCGUGCCGCUCACCUGGAUGUGUGACGACAACCCAGACUGUUCAGAUGGGUCGGACGAGAAAGCAUGCAAUGAGACAUGUCGCGCCGACGAGUUUACGUGUGGGAACGGCAAAUGCAUCCAGCAGAGAUGGGUUUGCGAUGGCGAUGACGACUGCAGUGACGGCAGCGAUGAAGCCAAGUGUCCAGCGCCGACGUGUCAGCCACACGCCCACUUCUCCUGCGCGGAUGGUCACUGCAUCUCCGCCAGGUGGCGCUGCGAUAGAGAUAUCGAUUGUCCUGACGGCAGUGAUGAAGCGGGUUGUCCAACAACACCAAAGGUGAUUUCUCCUUGCGUGUCCACGGAGUUCCAGUGCCAUGACCGCGUGACAUGUGUGCAUAAGACGUGGGUGUGCGACGGUGACCGCGACUGUCCCGAUGGCGGGGACGAGGCACCUGAGAUCUGCAGAGGAAAUAUCACUUGCCGCAUCGACCAGUUCCAAUGUAAAGAUCACAGCUGCAUACCCGGCGCCCUCUACUGCAAUGGAGAGAAAGACUGCCCCGAUGGUAGUGAUGAACUGAAUUGCACACGACCAAAGCCGAUCUGCGACAGUAAGACGGAGUUCGACUGUGGCGGCGGCAUGUGCAUACCACUGUCGAAGGUAUGCGACAAAAAACCAGACUGCCCCAACUUCGAGGACGAGCCGCGGGACCGCUGCGGCGCGAACGAGUGCGCGACCAACAACGGCGGCUGCACGCAACGAUGCGUCGAUACUCCUGUCGGAUACUACUGCGACUGUGAUAAGGGUUACAAGCUGGUCGACAAUCGCACGUGUGAAGAUAUCGACGAGUGCUUGGACCCGGGAUCCUGCUCUCAGGUGUGCAGCAACGAGAAGGGAACCUUCAAGUGUGAAUGCUACUCGGGCUAUGCACGGGACCCGCGAGACCGGACGCGCUGCAAGGCAACCGAGGGCCACCCCUCGCUGCUGUUCGCGCGCCGCUUCGACAUCCGCAAGAUCAGCCUAGACCACCACGAGAUGGUCGCUAUUGUCAACGACACCAAGUCAGCGACAGCCUUGGAUUACGUGUUCCGCACUGGAAUGAUUUUCUGGAGUGAUGUCACCGAUGAAAAAAUUUAUAAAGCGCCAAUCGACGAGGGCAGUCUUCGUACAGUGGUAAUCGGUGACCAGCUGAUAACAUCAGACGGGCUGGCGGUGGACUGGAUCUACAACCACUUGUACUGGACGGACACAGGCAAAAACCACAUCGAGCUCUCCGACCUGCAGGGCAACAUGAGGAAGAUACUCAUCAGAGACAGUCUUGAAGAACCGAGGGCAAUUGCACUCAAUCCGCUGGACGGAUGGAUGUACUGGACGGACUGGGGUCAGAAUCCGAAGAUUGAACGUGCGGGUAUGGACGGCUCACAUCGACAGACCAUCGUGUCCUAUGACGUCAAGUGGCCUAACGGUCUAACACUGGAUCUCGUCAGGAAGAGGGUCUAUUGGGUGGAUGCUAAAAUGAACACGAUAUCAUCUUGUAACUACGACGGCACCGCGCGGCGUCUGAUCCUGUACUCAACUGACGUGCUGCGUCAUCCUUUCUCUAUCACCACGUUUGAGGACUGGGUGUACUGGACCGAUUGGGACAAGACCGCGGUCUUCCGCGCCAACAAGUUCAAUGGGAAAAACGUCGCUGCAAUCACUUCAACGCACACGCUGCAGAACCCGAUGGUGAUCCACGUGUAUCACCCGUACCGUCAGCCGGACGGAGUGAACCACUGCGCGGCGGUGAACGGGCACUGCUCGCAUCUGUGCCUGCCCGCGCCGCAGCUGGGCCCCGCAGCGCCGCGCGUCGCCUGCGCCUGCCCCACCGGCCUGCGUCUGCUGCCCGACAACCAGAUGUGCGUCGAGGACAAUGCAAUAAAACCAGAUGUGGAGGUGCAUAAACCGAGAAAUGUUUCGAAUGAACCAAUAGUUGUUCACGAAAAACCUGUAACCACUGUACCUGAAACUCCAAAGACAAACACGGGAAUCUCAUCGAGCGGGCGCGACGCGGGCGUCGUUGCUGGCAUCGUGAUAGCAGUGAUUACAGGAGUCGUUGUACUUGCUGCAUUGAUCAUUGUUGUAAUGUACCGUCACUACAUGCAUCGUAACGUCACAUCUAUGAACUUCGACAACCCGGUGUACAGGAAGACAACAGAGAACCAAUUCGCUCUAGAACAGAAUGGCUACGCGCCUGGUAGCAAGCUUUACCCCAGCACCGUUGGCGAAGAGGCACAAGAACCUCUUAAUACUCCCGGUACAAAUGAGUAUGUAUAGUGCAAGAUCCGGCACUCAGUUUAUAAUAAUAUCAUUAAAUGUGAAAAGAAAACAAAGGACAUGUGUGACUGGAAAUGUGAUUGAACCAGUGAACGGAACAUAACCAAUGUUAAAGUGCUUAAUCCAGAAGAAAUUUUAGAUAUAGUGUAACUAGACGGUGAAUAAACCGAUUGAUUAAUCUGUCAAGUGGCGCCACUGUCGUAAACUUUGAAUUUCAAUAAUUUAGUUUCAUUUUUCGCCACUUUGCAGAUAAGUCAGGCUGUUGUUUGUAUUGUAUCGUAACGAUAUGGAUUUCAAAAUGGCGACCGUCGCAGCUGUCAAAAUUUGAUGUCUUCUUUGAGUUGUUUGGUAUCGCACAGGUAGAUGUGAUAUAUUCUCAUUUGUAGACUGUGAAUAGUUUAGAUAAGAGCAAUCAAUUAACGGCAGUUGAAAUGAUGCAUUAUUUUAAUUAUACAACUUUUGUAUUCAAUUUUUUUUUAUUUAAUUGAAUAUGUAAAUCGAAAUAAUUUAUAAAUUCGAAUAUUUAAUUUGUAUUCAUUGUAGAUAAAAUGUACUUAGAAGAAAUUUAAUUGAAUAUACACAGAAAUAUAUCGUGGGAUGUAUUAUACACUAGAAUUGUAGAGAAAAAAAAAUAUAUUUAUUUCACUGUCUUGUGUUCGCUUGUAUUAUUUAUUACGGCUUUAAAAUUUAUGUUUUAAAUUGGCUUAUGAAUGUUAGAGGUAGACUGCGAUGUUAUAAUUUCGUGUGCCAAAUCUAAUGCGCCAACAAAUUGAUGUCUUUUUAAAAAAUAUUGUAGAAAUUUGUCAUAGUAUUUAAGUCGUGAAAGUAAAUGCGCAAAUUGUAUUUAUUUCAUUAUACUUUUUAAAGAGAGUUAUUAUAUACUACAGUUUUUAAUGUUUAUA